CAACAAUCCUGAUCACGCUCAAGAGUCUUAAACGAAGGUAAGACAUCAUCAUUCAACAUGAGAUCCCUCAUUUUGCUGGCAUUUGUCAUUGGAGUGGCCUACUGCGCUCCGCAAAUGCUGUAUUAUGAGCUAGAGUACAAACCUGUAAUGGCUCAACAGGCUCGUCCUGCUGGGGCCGCUGCACCUAGUCCUUCUGAAAUAGAGAUUCUUUUGGCAGCUCACCAGGCUGCAGCUGGAGUUCCUGCUCAACCUGUCCGUGGCUUCAUCAAACACGAGAUUCCCCAGCCCGCAGGCAAAGAAAGUAUUGAAGUUCUGUACCCCUUCGGCUUUCCUCAACCUGCCCCAGCUGCCCCUGCUGUCCCAGCUGUCCCAGCUGCCCCAGUUGCUCCUGCUGCCCCAGCUCCUGUUCCAAAGGACGAUGAUGAUCAUGAUGACUAA